CACUCACACAAGUGAUAGUGAAAGUGAGUGGGUGAAAUCUAUAAGCAGAUUUGGGAGAGAAGCAUCACUCAUUACAAUUACUGACACUGGGCUUCAAAGUAUCUUUUGGAAACACUCAGUUCCAGCACUUUCUGAAGUUAAGUUUAAAAAAAAAAAAAAUCUCUUAAGGGUUUGCUAAUCUGAAUUGGAUUUGACUCACUGUUUCUGACCUCCUAGACAAGCAUUAGCAGGUUAAGAUAGGCAAAUAUUUUAAGUAAUGAUGCUUUGCUCUGAGAAGUGCCUGAGAGUAUGGUGCAUUCCUACAAGUCCUGUAUAGUGAUGAGUAAAGUAGCAUCUGCUGCAUCUGUAGGGAACUACAGUAAGUAGUAAUGCCCUAUGUCUGAUUUUUACUGUUGCUGGCGAUCUGGAGUCUUUACUGUGAAAGACUAUUGAGGCAGGAAGGAGGCUUCUGUUCUCACUAUACAUCUUUUAGAGCUUCUCUGUCUGCCCCUUUUUUUUUUUUUUUUUAAAUGGAAGUUUAAACAUUGCACUUGUACUUGCAGCUGGGGUACAGGCUGAGACCUGCAUCAUAUGGCCAUUUUGGUACUUGCAAGUACCAAGCUUCUCUAGUAACAUGAGGUUCUCACCUCCCAGUGAUGCUGAAAUCUGGUAUGUGCAAGAUGGCACGUGUAAGUAUUCAGGGGUCAUCUGUAUGUGGAGACCAACUGGUUAUAUAGGACAACAUGUCCAAGCAAUCAGUAUGUUUAAAGCAGCUUCCCUAGUUACUGAGUUGAUGGCUCAUACUUCUUUAAAUAGAGUGACUGUCUGAAAAGGGUUAGGGUGAGUUUAUAUUGCUUUUCUACCUAUUAAUUUGAGAAGUAUAAAAACUUCUAAAAUCCACUUCAUGGACUGAGGGUAAUGAGUUUCUCACAGUGUGUAAAGGAACUUACUUAAAUGGUCAGAAAACUGAUAAUAUCAUGAACUAUGUUCAGAAAGCAUGUUUAUAGUUGUCAUUUCUAACUGUUGUAUUGAGAAUCAGUCAAUUGACUCAAGUUCUGCACUAAAGAUUCUGCUUAAGGUCCUACACUUCCUGAAUAAUCAUGGUAUGGCAGAGCAGUGAAAAUUGUCCAAAACAGCAUUAGGUAUGUUAAGGAAUUUCUGGAAGAGGCUUGGAAACAGAUUCUAUUGGACAGACUGCAGGAAUAUUCCAGCAUGGGGUGAGUGUCAAGCCCUGUGGGGAAAAAAACUUAGAAUAAGAUUUUGUCCCUAAGCAAAAUGAGCACUGAAGUGUAAGUUGCUAAAGUAAUAGGGCCUUUAUAAAACUAAAUGGACUUUUGUAUGGGAACUGCUGAAUCAUGGCCUGAACCUCUGAUUGACCACCUAAGGCAAACAAUGAGUCAGCACUGGGAAUGCAGGUGAAAGCAAUUCACCUGUGCUACUGGAAGGGGUGGAGCCUGGCUCUACCUCUCCUAGACCCCAUUUAAGAGCUGACUACCACUGGGAAAGGAUAUCUUUUGGAGAUCACUCCUCUUGGAGCAUACUCAGCAAGCCCAGGGCAAGGUCACCAUUUCCGUGGGGCAGAUUUACACAGGAACAACUUUACAGAGGUGCAGGGCUGCAGUCUCCAAUUUAUCUGAGCAGAGAAUAUUAAUACCAGCUCUCUAUUUACAGGAAAACAAAGAUAGUGCCCACCUCAGCCUUGUGCUGCUCUUUAAGGCAAGAAUGUCCUUGUCAUCCAUUUCAGUGCUGGAGACUGAGAUCUUCAACUACAUUGAUGCACAUCAAAGUGACUUCAUUGAGAAUCUCAAGGAAUGGGUGGCUGUGGAAAGUGAUUCUGUGCAACCAGACCUGAGGAAAGAAGUUGUACGCAUGAUGUCAUUGGCAGCAGCCAGGCUUGCAGCUUUGGGAGCCACUGUUAAUUCAGUAAGCCUGGGGUCACAGCAGUUGCUGAAUGGCCAGCACCUUCCACUGCCACCUGUCAUUCUUGGGAAACUUGGCAAGGAUCCCCAAAACCUCACCGUCUGUUUCUAUGGCCACGUGGAUGUACAGCCUGCCAAAAAAGAAGAUGGCUGGAAAACUGACCCUUUCACAUUGACUGAAAUCAAUGGAAAUCUCUAUGGGCGUGGAGCAACAGAUAAUAAAGGGCCUGUGUUGGCUUGGAUAAAUGCAGUGGAAACGUUUAGAGCCUUGAAAAUAGCUAUGCCAGUAAACUUCAAGUUUGUUAUUGAAGGCAUGGAGGAAGCAGGGUCUCUGGGGCUGGAGAAGCUUCUUGAAGAAGAAAAACAGGGCUUUUUAUCAGACGUUGAUUACAUUGUGAUUUCAGACAACCUCUGGCUCAGCAAGAAGAAGCCUGCCCUUAUAUGUGGGACUCGAGGCAAUGCCUGCUUCUCCGUGGAGGUAGAAGGUGGUGACAAGGAUCUUCACUCUGGAACUUUUGGAGGCAUCAUUCACGAGCCGCUGACUGACCUGAUAGCUCUGCUGGACAGCCUUGUAGAUCCCACAGGUCAUAUUCAGAUCCCUGGAAUCUAUGAUGCUGUCGCUGCCCUGACAGAUGAGGAUAAGAAAUUGUGUGAAUCUACUGAAUAUGAUAUAGAGGAACACAAAAAUAAUAGUGGAGUGAAAAAACUCCUCUACAGCACCAAGGAAGAAAUACUUCUACACCUGUGGCAUUAUCCUUCUCUCUCUAUUCAUGGGAUUGAAGGAGCUUUUCAUGAACCAGGAAUUAAAACAGUAAUUCCAGCAAAAGUCAUAGGGAAAUUCUCAAUCCGCCAAGUCCCCAACAUGGAUCUUUCAGAUGUGAAACAACAGGUGGUGGACCAUUUGGAGAAUGUAUUUGCCAAGAGGAACAGUCCAAACAAACUGAAGGUGUCCAUGCCCCUGGGUGCCAAACCUUGGAUCGCUGAUGUUAAUGAUCCACUAUAUAAAGCAGCAAAAAGGGCAAUAAGAACAGUUUUUGGAGAAGAUCCAGAUUUCAUUCGGGAUGGUUCAACAAUUCCUAUUGCCAGAAUCUUUCAGACUAUAACACAGAAAAGGGUGAUAAUGUUUCCGAUUGGAGCAGCUGAUGAUGGAGAACACUCCCAGAAUGAGAAAAUAAGCAGACACAACUAUAUUGAAGGAGCAAAAGUGUUUGCAGCCUUUUUCCUGGAGAUAUCAAAGCUACGUGGGCAGUCGCAUGAAACUUCCAACCCAAGGACCAACGACUGGUAGACCCUCACAACCAAAUUAUUUAAGCACAUUUUAGUUCUUAUGCUUUGUAAUCGCUACCACUGAUCUGGAAAAACACAUAAAUCACAUGUUCAACAGGCCUGAAUGUGAGGAAAAAUAAAUACUGUGCUAUUUUUUGGUA